AUGGCAUCUUCCAAGAGCGCAGAUGCCUCCACGGUUCCCGUCCUCAAGGACCUCACCAUCGAAAACAUCACCGAGAAUGUACACCGAAUAAAUUCGCAAUGCAGCGACCCGCGCCUCAAGUAUGUCAUGGAACGUCUGGUCUUGCACCUGCACGACUUCGCGCGCGAGACGCGAUUGAGCUUCGAUGAAUGGAUGGCAGGCAUUCAGUUUCUCACGCAAGUUGGGCAGAUAUGUACAGACGUGCGACAGGAAUUCAUUCUCCUCUCAGACAUAGUCGGUCUCUCCCUCCUCGUAGACUCCAUCGACCACCCGAAACCUCCCUCUUCAACUGAAGGCACAGUCCUUGGCCCCUUCCACACGCAUGACGCGCCAUCCGACUCAAACGGCACCUCAAUCUCGGCUGAUCCCAAUGGUGAGGCCCUACUUGUCCUCUGUACUGUCAAGACCACAACCGGCGAACCUGUGCCAGACGUCAAGGUAGAUGUGUGGGAGACAGACUCCCAUGGAAAAUACGAUGUGCAGUAUGAGAACAGGGGCGAUAAAGCCGACGGCCGUGCUGUCAUAAGGAGUGACAAAGAUGGUGUGUUUUGGUUCAAGGGUAUUGUACCUGUGCCAUACCCAAUUCCUAAUGACGGACCUGUCGGCAAAUUGCUUGAAAAACUGGGAAGACAUUGUUGGAGACCGAGUCAUAUGCACUUCAUGUUCGAGAAGGAGGGUUUUGAUAACCUGGUUACGGCGUUGUAUGUCCGUGGUUCUGACUACGAGACAUCUGAUGCUGUCUUUGGCGUCAAGGAGUCUCUUAUCGUCAGCUUAGGUACUGUGACAGCCGAGCAGGCCAAAAAGUAUGAUGCCAAAGAGGGGUCGAAGCUGCUCAAGUACGACUUCGUACUCGUUACAGACGAGGAGACAAAGCAGUUGCGACAUGACGAAGCGGCCAAGGCGAUGAAGAUGUUAGGAAGAGAAGGCAUGAUGAUAAUCAACGGACUACCUGUUCCAGAAGUCGACUAG